CCAUCCCGCUAAAUUAUAUUAAAGAAGACUAAAAUGGCAAAUGACUUACGCAUUGCAAUCAUUGGACAGAGCAAUUUUGCAGCUGAUGUGCUUGAAUUGCUCUUAUCAAAGCAGUAUAAUAUAGUAGGUGUAUUCACAAUACCAGAUAAGGGUAGUCGCGAAGAUGUUUUAGCUACAACAGCAGCAUACCAUAAGAUACCUGUUUUUAAAUUUGCAUCCUGGCGUCGUAAAGGUGUUGCCAUACCUGAAGUUUUGGCACAAUAUAAGUCGGUGAAUGCUACACUUAAUGUGUUACCCUAUUGUUCGCAGUUUAUACCAAUGGAAGUAAUUGAUGGUGCUGCCUUAGGUAGUAUUUGUUAUCACCCAUCUGUAUUACCUAGACAUCGUGGUGCUAGUGCAAUAUCUUGGACUUUGAUUGAAGGUGAUGAAGUUGCUGGUUUCACUAUAUUCUGGGCUGAUGAUGGUCUUGAUACUGGUCCAAUUCUUUUAAUAAAACAAACACCUUUGGAACCCACCGACACAUUAGAUACAAUAUAUAAACGUUUUCUAUAUCCAGAAGGUGUUAAGUCUAUGGGUAUUGCUGUUGAUAUGGUUGCUGCUGGUACUGCCCCAAAGAUUACUCAAACCGAAGUUGGUGCCACUUAUGAUCCUGCCAUGUUUAAAGAGGAAAAUCAGUACAUAAAUUUAAAUCAAAAUGCAGACCGUAUUUGGAAUUAUGUACGUGGACUUGAUUCAGUACCAGGUGCUUUGGCUGUAGUGAUACAUGAGGAUGGUAGUGAGGAGAAAAUACGCCUAUUUGGUGCACACUUGUUUUCAGCUGGUUUAAAGACACCUGCCAAAUCGUUAACAUUGAAAGGAAGUCCUUCAAAGGCAUAUGUGCACGAUGAAGGCUUGUUAAUUAAGGGUACAGACGGAGCAUUUGUAAAUGUGAGACGUAUAAAGAAAGGAAGCAAGAUGAUUAAUGCCUGUGAUUGGUUUAAGCAAGCAGAAGUGAAGCAAAUUACAGAUUUUUCUGAAGAUGAACUUUCUAAAAAGGAAAUUUUACGCAAUAUAUGGCAAGCAAUAUUAAAAUCCCCAAUUGAGGCAGAGAGUGAUUUCUUUGCUGCCGGUGCAGGAUCCAUGGAUGUGGUACGUUUGGUAGAAGAGUGUAAAGAUGCUUUAGAUGUGCCCUUAGAAAAUGAAAAUGUUUAUAUGGCACCAGUAUUUGAGGAAUUCUUUGCUGAAAUUGUUAAAAGUCUUCGACAGGGCAGUUCAAGCUCAAAUGUUAAGGUAGAAUUCGAAGGCUUCGUACUUAAAGCAAAUAAACGUGAAAUUUCAGUGCCAACACAACUAUUUAUUAAUGGUAAAUUUGUGGACGCUGAGGGAAAACAAGUAUUAGAGACGAUUAAUCCAGCGGAUGAGGAGGUUAUUUGCGAAGUGGCUUGCGCUUCUGUUGGAGACGUUGAUAAGGCAACACAAGCAGCACAUAAAGCUUUCUAUGGUGCAUGGAAACAAAUAUCAGCUAGACAGCGUGGUGAGCUAAUGCUCAAAUUGGCUGAUCUUAUGGAACAACAUAAGGAGGAACUAGCAACAAUUGAAGCGGUUGAUUCCGGCGCAGUCUAUACGUUAGCACUAAAAACACAUGUUGGAAUGUCAAUUGACGCAUGGCGUUACUUUGCUGGAUGGUGCGAUAAAAUACAAGGAAAUACUAUUCCUGUUAAUCCAGCCAGACCAAAUAAUGUGCUUACAUUUACAAAGAAGGAACCAAUUGGUGUGGUGGGAUUAAUUACACCUUGGAACUAUCCUUUGAUGAUGUUGUCAUGGAAAAUGGCUGCUUGUAUUGCAGCCGGUAAUACUUGCUUGAUUAAACCUGCUCAAACAUCUCCGCUCACCGCUUUGAAAUUUGCUGAACUAACAGUAAAAGCUGGUUUUCCACCAGGUGUUAUUAAUGUUGUACCUGGCAGGGGUGGAGAAGCAGGACAAGCAAUUGCCGACCAUAUGCUUAUACGUAAAUUGGGUUUCACUGGUUCCACACCCAUUGGCCAAACUAUAAUGAAGUCAUGUGCGGUUUCUAAUAUUAAAAAAUGCUCCUUGGAAUUAGGUGGAAAAAGUCCGUUAGUUAUUUUUGCUGAUUGUGAUUUAGAUAAAGCCGUGAAGCAUGGCAUGUCAUCAGUAUUUUUCAACAAGGGUGAAAACUGCAUUGCUGCUGGACGCUUGUUUAUAGAAGAUCGUAUACAUGAUGAGUUUGUACGUCGUGUCUUAAAAGAUUUACGUACGAUGGCAAUUGGAGAUCCAUUAAAUCGCUCUACUGCGCAUGGACCACAAAAUCACCGUGCACAUUUUGAAAAAUUGCUUGCUUUCUGCGAACGUGGCAUUGCAGAAGGUGCGAAAUUACUUUAUGGAGGCAGAAAAGUGCCAAAUUUGAAGGGUCUAUUCUUUGAACCCACCGUUUUUACAGAUGUUGAGGACCAUAUGUUUAUUGCUCAGGAAGAAUCUUUUGGACCAAUUAUGAUAAUAUCGAAAUUCAAUGGCAGCGAUGUCGAUUCUGUAAUGAAACGUGCAAAUCGUACAGAGUAUGGCUUGGCUAGUGGAGUAUUUACAAAAGACAUUGCUAAAGCGUUAUCAUUUGCUGAUAACAUUGAAGCCGGUACUGUGUUUGUGAAUGUUUAUAAUAAGACUGACGUAGCAGCACCAUUUGGUGGUUUCAAACAGAGUGGUUUUGGCAAGGAUUUGGGUCAAGAAGCACUUAAUGAAUAUUUGAAAACGAAAUGUGUUACUAUUGAAUAUUAAUUCGAAUCAACUGUUGUUACUUAAAGUUCUCAAGACUUAUUAUAUAUUAUUAUGUAUAAUACAGAAUAUUAUUGUAUUAAGCGAAUGGUCAAAUAUUAUCUACUUAAUUUGAAUAGAAUUUCAUGUAAUAAUGAACCAUUUGAAAUUGAAUAAAUAUAUUAAAAUAAAUG